ACACUUAUUCACAUUACUGAAAAUUUUCAAUUACUUUUCUUACAUAUCUAAGUAAUAUUUCAGUAGUAAUCUGCCCAAAAAAUUUUUAAAAAAUGAUCUCUUUAAAAUGUGUUUUACUACUAAUUUUCUUUGCCACCGAUCUAGCAAUCGGAAUGCGAGGAUCAUCGAUUAGAAACGAAGAGAAAGAAGGUGCUUGGGGUGGUGCUUCUUCUGCUGAUUCUUCGGCUUUAGAUGAGAGAGUUCAGCCAAGGAGCCAUCUUUUGUCUCAAAUUCAAGGAGCUAGGCUGACUCCACGGAGAGGCCAACUUUUGGCUGACAUUCAAGCAACUAAGCUGAAGCCGAUUUCAUAUAGAGCACGUCGUGUUCAUAAAUUAGAACCUAAGGAUAGUCUAAUGGAUGAACUUUCAUUAAAAUUAGCACAACGAGCAGCUAGACAGAGAGAGAGGUCUCUCAAUAGGCGUCAUGAAAAUGAAUAAUUGUUGUUAUUAGCAAUAUAAAAUUUGCUAUAUUCACUUACUCCAAGUUUGGGAUAUUUGUGUUUGCAAACAUUAAUUUGAAUUUAUUACAUUAACAUUAUUAAAUAUUUUAUUAAAAAUAUUAUUUUGCUAAUACUAUUCAUAUUAAUAUUAUUUUAUUACAAUUAGCAUUACAAUUAAUAUUAUUUUUAAUAUACGGAAAAAAAUUACUGUGUUAUCCACAGUAUAUUUCUUUCACCAUCUGCAAACUGAUUUUGUGUAUUCAACAAAAGUUGCGUUGUAGGAUAAAUAGAAUAUUUUUUUCCGUGUAUAUUAUUUCUAUUAUUAUGACGACUUGCGGAUUUGUAAUGAAAAUAUUUUGUCCGCUUAUAAUUUUGUCAACGAUUAAAGAAGUUCCAGUGGAUUGUAAUUUUUAAAUUAAAUUAAAAUCAGUAAACUUAAAUGAUUUUUAACAAUGGAAUAUUAGAUAUCUUAUUAUUAAAUAACAAUUUAUGUUAUGUAUGUAUUUCGUUCAAUAAAUAUUUAAA